AUGAAACUCCUUAAACAAGACAUCAAAAGAGACGGCUCGGGCCAAAUAACUCUAGUGGCGCAGGAUAGGGAAGACCUGUGGACGCUAUAUAACUUGCUCCAUCAACACGAUGAGAUUUCGCUGCAUACGUUCCGCAACAUCAAGAGAGAGGGAAAGGCCAAAAACGAGCGGAAAAACGUGAUCCUGACUCUGGAUAUUGAAACUGUUUCAUAUGAAGAUACUCUCAGAAUUAAGGGUCGUACAGUUGUGGAGAAUGAUGAUGUUCCCCUAGGGUCCUACCAUACGGCAGAGGUUCUGUUCAACUCCAAGUUCACUAUAUUAAAGCAAGAGUGGGACCAGGUUUCGUUGGACCAGAUUGAUAAAGCGUGCUCCAUAGACGCCAAAGCAGAGAUUGGAGCAGUUGUUCUGGAAGAAGGAGUAGCACAUCUGUGUCUGAUUACAGAGAACAUCACGUUUCUAAAGUCGAAAGUUGAAAAGAGUAUACCCAAGAAGAAAAGAGGGGACUCGGCUGCACACGAUAAAGCAUACGCAAGAUUUUUGGAUCUGUGCUACGACUCGAUAAUAAGGAACUUCAACAUCGACGCCCUGAAGGUGGUGUUGGUGAUCAGUCCUGGUUUCACUGCACAGAACUUGGUGCAGACUAUCUUGAGAAGGGCCACGCAAGAUUCAAACAAGCAACUGCUCCUUUCCAGGUCCAAAUUCGUGGUUGGACAAUCGUCAACUGGUUACUUACAGGGAAUUGAAGAGGCUCUGGAAUCGCCUGAUUUGAGGAAACGAUUGGAGGAUACCAAGUUUGCUCAGCAAAUACGAAUGAUCGAGCUACUGCUACAAAACUUGAACGAAGAUAAUGACAAAUCGUGGUAUGGUUUGAAGGAGUGUGAACGAGCUAUUGAGCUGGUGGGGUCGGUCAAAACUCUCCUCAUUUCAGACUCCCUGUUUCGCAAUGAUGACCCGAAGAUCAGAAGGCACUAUGUACAGAUGGUGGAGAGCGUCCAGAAUCAGGGUGGGUCGGUAGAGAUUUUCUCCAGUUUACACGAUUCCGGCAAACAGUUGGAUCAGCUGAGUGGAGUUGCGGUGAUAUUGAAUUAUCCUGUUCCGGAUCUGGAUGAAGAUGAAGAGGAAUCUUAG